AUGCCAAAAAAUGAAGGCAAAAAGAAGAGAAAACAUUUAGAUGAAGGAGAGAAGAAGGAGGAAGAAAAGAAUGGUGGUGAUGAUGUCCAGGAGAAGCCAGGUAAAGCUGAGAAACCAAGAAAGAACCGGUUCUUAGCACGCCUGCAGAAAACCUGGGCAAGGAUUGCUGGGCAUAGGAGGAGAAGAACUUCCAUCCAAGAAAAGAGAAGUUUUGAAGAACUCCCAGGACCCAGCCAAAUCAUUAUUGUGGACAGCACAGUUGACAUUCCACCAAAAGAGAAGGAAAAGAUGGACCAAACGGAGGUAAAUCAGAUCAUCAUGGCUGAUUACAAGGAGACAGAACUGGUGACAGACAAUUUAGUGGAACAGGAAAUGCUAGCAGAAUACCAUCAGAUUCAUGACCUGAUCCACAACAUGGAAGAACUCUACAUCCAGUACUAUGGUGGACAGGAUAAAGAACAACAAUAUGAAGCUGAAAUGCUAGCGGAAUACCAUCAGAUUCAUGACCUGAUCCACAGGAUGGAAGAUCUGUACGUCCAGUACUAUGGUGGACAGGAUGGAGAAGAACUGCAAAAUGAGGAUGGAAAUAACAAGAAAGAUGGAGAGGAGGGACAGGAGAAUGCACAGAGAGACAAGAAAAGCCAAAAAAGCCUGUUCUUAAACCGCCUACAGAAAUCAUGGGCGAGGAUUGCUGGGUUUAAAUGGAAGAGGACAAGUCCCAUCAAAGAACAAAGUCCUUGUGAAAUCCUAGGACCCAGUCACAUCAGAGCCAAAGUGUCAACUAAAGGGAAGAAAAAGGAGGACGAUAAAGGGGAAAAUAAAAGCAUGAAGGUCAGUGAUAAGAGAAAAGAUGAUGGAUCUGAAAAGUCAAGCAAUAAUAGCAGCUCUCUAGAACGGGAGAAACCUGAGGAGCUCAGCAGAUCUACCAAAACAUCUCAGAGCAGCAGUAGCCAUCAACAGAAAACUGGCAACUGUCUGGAGGAACCUGACCAGUCUGGCAAGAAAACACCUGCCACAGUACCCCUUUCAUUACAGUCCUUCACUUUCCAUCAGAAACUGGGAGCAGGAAGCUUUGGUCAAGUCUACUUGGCAAGAGAUGUCAUCCGCCAGGAAUGUGUUGCCAUUAAAGUGGCGGAUAAACAGGAUUUUACGGAGCGUGGAUACAGUUUGGUAGAACGCCAUAUCCUACAACUAUCCCACCAGAGUCCUUAUCUAAUUCAUGGCCUGGCCGCCUUCCACACCCGAAACUUUGUCUAUUAUGUAAUGGAAUUGGCCACCAGAGGGGACCUAUUUGUUUUUAUGAGAAAGAUCUUUCCUCUUGAUACUGCCACCAUACGAUUCAUCUUGGCAGAAGUGGUCUGUGGCACAGAGUUCCUGCACAACAAAGACAUUCUACACAGGGACCUAAAGCCACUAAACAUCCUUCUGACAGUAGACGGCCAUGUCAAAAUAACAGACUUUGGCAUGGCAGCAAUGGGUGUGCAUCAGGGUCCCUCAAAGAGGUGCAUAGGUACACCAGGAUUCGCAGCCCCAGAACUGGUGAACGGCCACUCACAUGGACGAGGGGUAGAUUAUUUUCCAAUUGGCGUGAUUCUGUACAAACUCUACACAAGAAAGGCUCCUUUUCCUGGAAAACAUCAAAUAGAAAUUGAGCAUUCUGUCCUCAACUGUCCUCCAGUCUCCCGAGAGUCUCUGACUCCUGAAGUAAACAACCUCUUACAAGGGCUGCUGUGUAAAAAUCAGUUCCAGCGGCUAGGAGUGAAGGGAGACAUAAAAAAACCAUCCAUUUCUUGCAGACAUCAGUUGGGAAGAUGUAGAAGCCAGAAGAAUGGCACCACCAGCGACCAUGAUGGCAGCUCCUAUUGA